CGUCAUGGACGUGUGUUGAAUCUCUAGAGGAGGUCGCCAUCUUUUCUUUUAGAAGUGUGCAAACCAAGAGAGGAACUUCUGCCGUCCUCUAACAUUCAAAGUGAAGAGAGGUAGAUAAAAAAAAUGAGAGAGAGAUAGAGAUAGUGAUAGGAAUCUAAACAUUGAAAGAAAAAAACAAAAAAAAGGGUUUGGAGAGAGAGAAAAAAAAAGGGAAUAAUGGACGCUUAAAGAGAGGUCGGAAUGUGUGUGUCGCACAAAUAAUCUUGUCUUUUCUAUUCAAGCCAAAAAACAUACAAGUACAACAAAAAUUUUCUUCAUUUAUCUCUUCAUAUACUCGCUUUUUUUUCCCCAAAAAAGAAGAAAGAAAGAAACAAGUGAUUCCUUUUCAUAUGUGUGCUUGAUUAGGUAUACUGUACCAUAUAUAUAUAUAUAUAUGUAUAUAUAUGUACAAUUCGAUGCUCUGUUGAUCUUUUUAUGAGACAACGAGAAGCAAAAAUACCUAAAAGAAAUCAAAGCUUCCUCCAAAAUACGACCGUUUAAUACAUUACAUGAUAUAACUUAUUUACUGCUUCCCCUCAUUUUCUGUCAAAUAUAAUAUAUACACACAUAUAUGUAUAUAUACGGCCAAAAAACAUCAUUAAUAUAUAUCUACACACAAAAAUCCUUCACGAAACAACACAAAAUCCCAAAUAAUAUUUUACUUCAGGUAUUUAAUAUCCUCCAAAUCUUCCUUCAAUCUAUUUUCCUCGUCCUCCAUUCAUGAUAAUUCUUCUAAAACAUCUCUUUUUACAUUAUAUACACUAGCUAUAACUGCACAUUGCUGUUUUAUUUAUAAUCUUAUCUUCCUAAUAAUAAUUUCCACAUAUCAUCAUCAUUCACAAACUUGCACCAAUUCUACUCUACAUAAGUUGAUGGUAUAUAAUUUUUUUUUGUUUUGUAAAUAUUUGUUCAUUUCAGGUAUAGUAAAAGAAAUAUACAUACAUAUAUAUGUAUAUAUGUAUAUAUAUUUAACAAUUUAGUUGGAAUGAUCGUAUAAAUGUGUGUGUUAAUUAUUGUUUUUACUUGUUUCUAUCUCUAUCUUUAAAACUAAGUGAAUAUAUAUACAUACAUAUAUACAUGCACACACACACAUAUAUAUAUACACAUACUUUUACAUAUACAUGCAUUAUAUAUCCUUAGAUAACUACUCUUAUCUAUUUGCUUUACCUAUCAGCUGUAUAAUUUAUUAAUUUUGCUAAUAUUCUUGUCAGAACAGGGGAAUGUAAAAGCAGUAAUACAUACAUACCUACAUACACGCACAUUGAUAUACAUUAUAUAUAUAUAUAUAUAUAUAUAUAUACAUAUAUAUAUAUAUAUAUAUACAUAUAUAUAUAUAUAUAUGUGAUAUUCACAAACACAAUAUAAAUAUCCCACUCUAAAUACGUUACUGGAAAUAUUGGCGAUCAAAAGUCAAAGACAAGUUCCCACUGUUAAACGAACAAUCUGUUGGUAGUUAUUAGUCAAAAAUCCAUUGAAAACAACUACUUGACAUCACUUGGAAUAAAAAGAAAAAUCAUCCCUUUCUAGGAAAAAAAAAAAGAAACAGAGGAUAAAUAUAUAUAUACAUAUAUAUAUAUCACCAACAACUAUAUACUCAUUCAGAAGGAAGGAGCCUAUAUUCUCCCUUAAUCAAUUUUUUAGUAAUUUUUUUUAAAAAGAAAAUAUAUUGAUAUAUAUAUAUAUACUCUCUCAAUAUCUGCAUAUUUCCUCUAUCUCUCUCUUCACUUACAAGAAAAAAAACCUUAUAUUACUAAUCUAGCAUAGUCUCAACCACUAGCCAUUAUUUGCUGCUAUCAGCAAGGAUAUUGUAAUUUACAGAUGAAGUGUUAAUAUUGGAAUUUGCUAUGUCAUGCAAUGGAUGAUUUCAUGACAGAUGAGGAGCAGGACUGCCAUGGUGAUGGCGGGAAGUUGUCUAUUCAACUAAACGAUGAUGAUAGUUCUUCAGAGCAGUCAUUGAAUCCACUUCCUUCAGCUAAGAUGUUGACGACCUUUGCUGAAGAUGGCUUCAAGAAGCAAUCAUCCGAAAGCGAUCAAGAUUCUGGAAAUGGACCACUGAUACUUGAUUCAACUGAGAAUGAUGCUAAAGGAGUUUUACAGAAUUCCAAAUCCAUUUUAAAUAAUGGUCAGUCAAAGAGUAGUAGAGGUGACAGUAGUCGUCAUCGACAAAAAGAAACUCGAAGGAGAUCUGGAAAGCGAAAGUACAAAGAAGAGGAGCCUGAAGAUGGUGAAAUUCUUGAAGACGGAGAGAUUGCCAGUGAUGGAGAGAAUGAUUUUCGGCGUCGAAGGCAACGAAGAGAUGAUGAUUUCAGUGAAAAAUCUGCAAGUAGUGCUGAAGAGUGUGAAAUGCGAUCUGAUGCCAGUGAUAAUGAAGUUGAAACAGCUGGGAAUGAAAAAUCUGAAAGUUUAUCAAGACGAGAACGUCGGAAGAGGAAGCGAGAACGCCGAGAAAAACGGCGAAAGAAAAAUGAGGCUAAGAAAAAAAGAAGACGGCUAGAAUAUGUUGAUCAUGAUAAAGUAGAUGAUGGAUUUAAUUGGAACCUGUCGAGUAAGGGCCGCACUCUUCCUGGUCCUUAUGACAGUCCUUCUGAUAAGCAGUCAUCAAGCCCAUAUAGAAGUCCUGGUGGACCCUAUGAUAGUCCAUAUGAAAGUCCUCCUGGUUUAUAUGACAGUCCGUCAGAGGAUGAAGAAGACAACUACCCACCGAGUUUGUUGAGUAUGGUUGGAGAUGGGUUUAUUGAUAUGGCUGUUGCUGAUAAAGAUUUCAUUGCAGAGGAGCAAUACCCCAUGAUUUUUGUAAGGUUUUCUAAAUUGCUAACGAAGAUCAAUCUGGAUGAUUUCCCACCAAUAUCUCUGGAGAGUGAUGUCUGUGGAGAAUAUAUUGCUGAAGAUUGUCCUUACAGUCAUGACUUCAUACCACCAAAGAAAUCCGAAAUAUGCAAAUUCUAUUUAAACUCCAUUUGUACAAAAGAGGGCUGUCUAUUUAUGCAUGGCGAGUACCCUUGUAAAUAUUUCCACACUGGUGCUCAAUGUUACCAAGGAGAAAACUGUAAAUUUUCACAUGAGCCACUGAACGAAGAAACAAAAAUACUUCUGCAAAAGGCCCUUGAUAAUCGAGAUGAUGAAAGAUCAGAUGAUUCUGAUGAUUCCCUUACACAUGAAAGUUUAGAACAUAUGAGAGAUAAAGGAGGCAACCAAGCACCUGGAUCAAAUGGAGGAAGCAAGAAGAUACCUUCUUUGUUUGAUAUCAAAGUCUACCCACCUGGUCAGAGUCCUAAAAAGCCACAAGGUUCUACUGUACAGCCACCUGGCAGGCCUGGUUUUUACAAAGAUGCUUUGUCUCUGUCACCAUCUGGGAAUUCUUCUUGUUCAUUGCCUCCAUCUGGUGCAGGUAUUGGAGGAUUAGGCUCUGUGUCAAUUCGUCCUCCAAUUGGAUCUCCUGGGCAUUCCUCUUUUAUUGGUUCUCGCCAAACACCAGGGGAUUGUCCUCCCCAGCAGCAACAGACACCUCCACAACUUGGCUGCAGCCCACCACAUCCUCAACAGUCUGUUAUGAUUGGUUCAAAUUAUCCUGAUGACAAGAAUGUUCCUCAACCAUUAGAUAACCUUCAUCAUCCUUUACAUCAUCCAUUUCAUCAUCGUCAUGGAGCGUUAGAAGAUCGGCAUAACACCGAUGAAGAAAAAGAAGAACGAAAACAAGUUCCUAUUGAAAUUCCCUCCCAUUUACCUCCCAAACAAAAAGAGUUGUUUAUGCGGAUUCAACAGCAACACCAGCUUGCAGCAACGACCACAGAGAAUACGGAUGUCAGAGAUGAUGCAAAACUUGAUGAUAUUGAUGACUGGUAUUCAAGUGAUGAAGAUGAAGAUGGAGAAGGUGGCCCAAAGUUAGCUGAAAUCUUAAAAAACCUUAAUAAACAGCCUCCUGAACCACCAGUUCAACCCCAGCCUGACAUUUCCAACAACUCCACUUUAAAUAUCAUGCAAAUGAUUAAUGCUAUACGUGGGCAGCCAGCAGUCACAUCUGCAGGAGCAGGCGGAUCAUCACAAACAACAGUCUCUACUACUAGUACAAUAGUUACUACUAGUAAUAACAGUAAUAGUAGUAGUAGUAAUAAUAAUAGUAGUAGUAGUGUUGGCACUAGUACUUGUUCUAGUUCAUCUGCUACAUCUACUGUGUCAGCUACUGGCAGUGCAGCUUCAUCUACCUCAAACACAAGUUCGGCCAGAAGAGACCCUCGCCUACAGGUAACAAAAGCUACAACUUCUUCAAGUGAUAGUAAACCACCAUCAACUGCAGCAGCACCUGUGAAAACUGACCCACGAUUGAUAUCUAGUAAACCUGCAGUGACAGAAACCAGCCCACCUUCUUCAGUUCCUGUUCCUCAAGACUUUGUUGUUGUUCCUUCAACUCCCCCUGGUGAGAUUGUUUAUCGACUGUAUGAAGUUUCCACUUACAAAAUCCCACUUUCAGCUACCAUCGAUGUAUUUCAUUCUAAAUAUAAAGAUGAUCCCCGGAUCCAAAAACAUCUGAGUAAUCCUCCUGAGUCCUUGAAGCAAAAAAUUCUACCAGGUGAUCCAGAUAAAAAUUUAAUCAAAUCAUUUGUUGUGCCUAAUCCAAAUCGUCCUGGUAAAGAUACUACUGUUGAUGACUUACCAAUGCCAACGUUACCUCCUGUAAACCUACCACCUAUUACCUCAACAGCAGCUGCAUCUACAACAUCUAAAAGGCCUCAAGAUCCUCGCAGGACAAGAAUACUGCCUCCUAAUUCUCGUAUUGUAAGUAAAAAGGUUGAAGAUAAAGACAAUACAGAACCAAAUAAAUCUGCAGAUCCACGCAUUUCCCGAGGUGGACCUGAUCAGUUUCCACCUGCAAAACCUUUGGAUCCAAGAUUGCUGAGACUACAACCAGGUUCAGCUGGACCUUCUCGGCCGAUUGAUCCUCGAAGAUUAAAACAAGAGUCAUCUAAGCCAUUUCCUGGACGAGCAUCUAAUGAUCCUAGAGCCAACAAACAGCAGUCACCUGUUGCUGAACAAAACCUACCCCCAAUGCUGGCACAAAUGCCAAAUCCGGCUGUACCAAGACCACCUGUAGAUUCCGCUAACGAGAAACGAGGUCCUCGUACACAAGAAACACCUGCUCCCCUUCAUCCCGUACGACCAAGCAAUCCAAAGGAAAGCCAAAGCAAAACUGAACCGUCAGACUCAAGUACUGCAGAGGUGUCGCAGCCUAAAUUAGAUCAUCGAAAUGACCCUCGCUUUAAACGGAAACCUGCUGGUGAAAGUGGUAGCUCAUUACCGCCUAUUCGAAAGGUUACUGGACAGCGUAAAGUUAACAUGGAGUAUAGUUCACCAUUAGGUACAGAAGCAGACAAACCUGAACCAAAUUCUGGAUAUAAUAGUUAUAACAGGCCUCCUAAUGCUAAUCGGCAAAUGAGUGGCAAUAAUAAUAAUAAAAUGUGGACAGGUGGACCUGAUUCCGGGCCUCCAACUUUACCUUCUGGUAAGCCUCAUUCUAGUGGAGGUAAUGACACUACACAUGGUUCCCUUGAUCCCAGAGAUGUUGCUAAUCAUCCUUCCACAUCUGACCCUCCUUCAAAUUUUCCCCCUCAAAUGCAACCGAGUGGGCCACUACAACAAUACCCUCCUGUACUUCCUCCAGAUCAACCCAAGUUAAAAGAUUUAUUCAAAAUUAUUGACCCCACUGCAUCUCCAUUUUGUUGAUAAGAAAUAUUCAUGAUGAUAAUGUUACUGUUUACAUGGUUUCCUUUGUAAAUGUUUCUUCAUUUUACUUUUCCAAAGUAAGACGAGUCACUUUAUGAUCUCUUAGUAUACUUCUUUACUGCUCUUUCUUUCUUUCUUCUCUCUCUUUCUGCCUCCCCCAUCUCUCUCUUCUGUCUGUCUUGCUAACUCUCCCCCUCUCUAUAUAUAUAUACUUGUUUGAAAUAAUGUUCUGUCUUGUUUGAGACUUCUAAAGCAACAGUGAUCACAGGUGCUGGUAGUUUAUCUCUUUCAUUAUACCUCUGUUUUGCAAUACAGGGUUUGAUGCUUGGACAUUGCAUCAUAAACAAAAUAAAUGAACUACUAAUAAUGUUGAUGGAUAAUUUGAAGAAAAUGAAAUGAGGAAUGGAUUUUAUUAAAAUCGUGACUAGAGAUAAAAAUCUCUGCUAAAACAUGUUAUAGACUACUGGAAGUUUUUAUUUAACAUUUUUGAUGUAAAUAUUUCUUGAUUUGAUUUAGUGAGUCUUUGUUAUUUCUACUAUUUAAAUGAUGACAUGUACAGCUUCCAAGUCUCCACUAUAUUAACAGAACUUGUCUUUUACAAAGGCUGUUUGAAUAAGCUUAUUUAACAAAAACACAAAUAAAUAAAGAAAAUACCCAUCUCCCCUCUAUGAAACCAGAAUAAUUUUAAGAUAUUGUGGGAAUCUUUUAUUUUCUGAAGUCUGUGAGGAAUAUUUAAAUUAUUAUUACAUUAAUUCUUUUGUUUGUUUUUAAAAUUGUACGUUUUGAUCCAUCUGCUCAUCUUAUUUAAAAUAAUUCAGGGUUGUAAUUAAUGAAUUUGAACAAGAUGUGAUAAAUAUUUUGUUGUAGAGAAGAUUAUGUGAAUGAUAUUUGUGAAGAUAUAUAAGUUUAUAUUCAAGAGUCAGAUAUUAAAUGAUAACAUGCAGCGAUGUUUUUAAAAGCCUUAAAAGAAGUUCUGUAGUUGGUGAUACUGCCAGUGUGUCAUAUGAUAUGAAGUUCAAAAUACAGUUACAUUAUGUUAUCUAUGAAUAUCAAACUUGCAUUAAGCCAGUAGUAGUAGAAAUAUAUAUAAUAAUAAUAAUAAUGAUGAUAAUAAUAAUAAUCUAUUGUAGUGUUUUAUUUGACACCUAGUUGUGUAAUUUUUGUAACAUUCAAAAAUUGAAGCACAAAACAUCAACUUGUAAUGUUGACUGACUGCAUACUCUGUCACAGUCACUGAUGAGUCCAUGGAAAGCAUUAAAUCAAAACAAAAACUAAUUGCUAAAUAAAUAUUAUGUCAUUUAA